CGGGGGCGGGGCCUCCCUCCAACCUGCGCCGCUCCAACAUGGCUCCGCGGUUGUGCAGCAUCUCCGUGAGCGCGCGGCGGCUGCUGCGGAGCCCUGGGCCCCGCACCGGGGACGGCGCGGCUGCAGCUGCGGCGCGUUUCUACUCCAAGGACAAUGAAAGCAGCUGGUUCCGCUCCCUCUUCGUCCACAAGGUGGAUCCCCGGAAGGAUGCCCACUCUACCCUGCUGUCCAAGAAGGAGACCAGCAACCUCUACAAGAUCCAGUUUCACAAUGUGAAGCCUGAGUGUCUGGAUGCCUACAACAGCCUCACGGAGGCCGUGCUGCCCCAGCUGCACUUGGAUGAGGACUAUCCCUGCUCGCUCGUGGGCAACUGGAACACGUGGUAUGGGGAGCAGGACCAGGCAGUGCACCUAUGGCGAUUCUCAGGCGGCUACCCAGCCCUCAUGGACUGCAUGAACAAGCUCAAAAACAACAAGGAAUACCUGGAAUUCCGGAAGGAGCGGAGCCGGAUGCUGCUGUCCAGGAGGAACCAGCUGCUUCUGGAGUUCAGCUUCUGGAAUGAGCCACAGCCCAGAGCCGGCGGGAACAUCUAUGAGCUGAGGACCUACAAGCUCAAGCCAGGAACCAUGAUCGAGUGGGGGAACAACUGGGCCCGGGCCAUCAAAUACCGGCAGGAGAACCAGGAGGCUGUGGGCGGCUUCUUCUCACAGAUAGGGGAGCUCUACGUUGUGCAUCACCUCUGGGCCUAUAAGGACCUGCAGUCUCGAGAAGAGACUCGAAACGCUGCCUGGAGGAAGCGGGGCUGGGAUGAAAAUGUUUACUAUACAGGGACAGCCAUGUCAUCAGAAUCCAGCAAAAAACGGAAACCCAAAGUGAUUCGAAGCGAUGGAGCUCCAACUGAAGGAAAAAGAAGUCGAUCUGACAUUGAGCAGGAAGGUAAAUACUAUAGUGAGGAGGCUGAGGUGGACCUGCGGGACCCUGGGAGAGACUAUGAGCUGUACAAGUACACGUGUCAGGAGCUGCAAAGGCUGAUGGCCGAGAUCCAGGACCUGAAAAGCAGGGGCGGCAAGGAUGUGGCAAUUGAAAUUGAAGAACGGAAAAUCCAGAGCUGCGUGCAUUUCAUGACUCUAAAGAAGCUUAACCGAUUGGCCCACAUCAGGUUGAAGAAAGGAAGAGAUCAGACCCACGAGGCUAAGCAGAAGGUAGAUGCCUACCACCUGCAGCUACAGAACUUGCUGUACGAGGUGAUGCACCUACAGAAGGAGAUCACCAAAUGUUUGGAGUUCAAGUCUAAGCAUGAAGAAAUCGAUCUGGUUACUUUAGAGGAAUUUUAUGAAGAGGCUCCACCAGACAUCAGCAAGGUUGAAGUCACCACAGGAGACCCUCACCAGCAGACCCUGGCACGUCUGGACUGGGAGUUGGAGCAGCGGAAAAGGCUGGCAGAGAAGUACCGAGAGUGCCUGUCCAGCAAAGAGAAGAUCCUGAAAGAGAUAGAGGUGAAGAAGGAGUACCUGAGCAGCCUCCAGCCUCGCCUCAAUAGCAUCAUGCAGGCUUCCCUCCCGGUGCAGGAGUAUCUAUUUAUGCCUUUUGACCAAGCUCACAAGCAGUAUGAGACUGCCAGGCACCUGCCGCCACCCCUCUAUGUGCUCUUUGUCCAGGCCACUGCAUAUGGGCAGGCCUGUGAUAAGACCUUGUCUGUGGCAAUUGAAGGCAGUGUGGAUGAAGCCAAGGCUCUAUUCAAGUCCUCUGAGGACUCCCAAGAUGAUGAGAGUGACUCAGAUGCUGAGGAGGAACAGACCACGAAACGGCGGCGACCCACACUGGGGGUUCAGCUGGAUGACAAGCGCAAGGAGAUGCUGAAGAGACACCCGCUGUCUGUCGUGCUUGACCUAAAGUGCAAAGAUGACAGCGUGCUCCACCUGACCUUCUACUAUCUUAUGAACCUCAACAUUGUGACAGUGAAAGCCAAAGUGACAACUGCCACAGAGCUGAUCACGCCCAUCAGUGCAGGGGAUUUGCUGUCGCCUGACUUGGUGCUGAGCUGUUUGUAUCCUGGGGAUCAUGGAAAGAAAACUCCAAAUCCAGCCAAUCAGUAUCAGUUUGAUAAAGUUGGCAUCCUGACUUUAAGAGACUAUGUACUUGACUUAGGUCACCCCUAUUUGUGGGUACAGAAGCUUGGUGGCCUCCACUUCCCUAAAGAGCAGCCCCAGCAUACGGUGAUCGCUGACCACUGGCAGAGCGCCAGCCACAUGGAGACUACCAUGAAACUGCUGAAGACCAGAGUGCAGUCCCGCCUGGCCCUCCACAAGCAAUUUGCAUCCCUGGAACACGGCAUUGUGCCUGUUACCAGCGAUUGCCAGUACCUCUUUCCUGCCAAGGUUGUCUCUCGUCUAGUUAAGUGGAUGACGAUGGCCCAUGAGGAUUACACGGAGCUGCAUUUUACCAAGAACAUUGUGGAGGCAGGCCUGGCUGGGGACACCAAUCUCUACUACAUGGCACUUAUUGAAAGGGGCACAGCCAAACUCCAGGCCGCUGUGGUGCUGAACCCGGGAUACUCCUCCAUCCCACCCAUUUUCCAGCUCUGUCUGAACUGGAAAGGAGAGAAGACUAACAGCAAUGAUGACAACAUCCGGGCCAUGGAGAGCGAGGUCAACGUGUGUUACAAGGAGCUGUGUGGCCCCCGGCCUAGCCACCAGCUCUUGACCAACCAGCUGCAGCGGCUGUGUGUGCUACUGGAUGUCUACCUGGAGACUGAGAGCCACGAUGACAGUGUGGAGGGACCCAAGGAAUUUCCCCAGGAGAAGAUGUGUCUACGGCUCUUCAGGGGUCCAAGCAGGAUGAAGCCGUUUAAAUAUAACCAUCCUCAGGGAUUCUUCAGCCAUCGCUGACCUCCUAUCCAGCCUGCUCUCCCUCAACAUCCUGCCCUGAGUCCUGGGCCUCUGCUCUCUUCUCUGGCCGUGUGUGAUCCUGGAGAUUCUCCAAAAACACUAGCUAAUUAAACUGGCACCAAAUGGCCUUUGUCUGAGGCAGUUUUAUAAUCUGGAAGGGCACAUGGGAGCCAGGGUGAAAGAACAUUUGUGGGUAGGCUUUUUAAAGUUGUCCAAAAAAAGCAAAAUGCAAAGGAAUUUGGAUUCUGCAGAGACAUG